AUUGUAAUUGGGCCUUGGGCCUUUGCUGGUGACUGACAAGCCAAGUAGGUUAGAAUGGGGUUGAUGUUGUUGUAUAGAGCCAUUGGGCUUUGGACUGCUGGCCCAAUUGGUAUCCAAUUGGGAGCCCAAACACACAUAAUUCACUUUAACCCUAUUUUAUUUCAAGUAUAUGAAAACAAAUAUUAGUAUAUAAAAUUUUGUCAUGGUAUCUUGUUGUACUCACCCUAGUGGCUAGUACACAAACCCUUAAUUUGAACUACUAGGCACAAACAUCAUUGGUAGAUAACAGACUUCUGAAUAGUGCUCAGGCUUUCCAACACAACUCUAUAUAUAGUUUGUAUAGGCUUAGCCUCCAAUGUACCAAACAACUUUUUUACUAGCUCCUCAUUUAGAUGGCAACCACAAAAUCUCAUAAUGAAGACGAAAUGGAAGAUGAGUUACUAAAAGAUAAAUGGUUUGGGUUUUCAAUGCACCUCUACCAUGGUUUUUGGUGUGUUGAUUCUAACAUGGAGGGCAUAAUCGCAACCCAAACUCACUUCCAUGCACAUGAUACUGAUAUAAUCUUAGCUAGUCUUCCCAAAGCUGGUACGACAUGGUUAAAAUCCCUUAUAUUUACCAUUAUCAAUCGCCAAAGUUUAUCUCACAUUUCUAAACACACUUUCCAUUUCAAAAACCCUCAUGAACUCAUCCCUCACCUCGAGGUUAAAGUUCCCAAAACAUGUCAAAGUGAAUUAGAUGAAAUACCUUCACCUCGUCUCUUUGCUACCCACAUACCAUAUCUAUCAUUGCCUGAAUCAAUAAAGUCUUCAAAAUGUCAAAUUGUUUAUGUUUGUCGAAAUCCUUUAGACAAUUUUGUCUCAGGAUGCCAUUUUUGGCUUGAGUUUGACGUAAACAAGGGUUUUAAGCUAGAUACACAAUUGAUAGAGGAACAUUUGGAAAAGUAUUGUAAGGGGGUGUUACCAUAUGGCCCGUAUGAAGAUCACGUGUUAGGGUACUGGAAAGAGAGCAUUGAAAACCCACAAAAGGUGUUAUUCUUGGAAUUUGAAGGAUUGAAGAAGGAACCAAAAACACAUUUGAUACGCUUGGCUGAGUUUUUGAAUUUCCCUUUUUCGGAUGAGGAAGCGAAAAAAUAUGUUAUUGAUGAGAUAAUAGAGCUUUGUAGCUUUAAGAGUUUGAAAGAAAUGGAGGUCAAUAAAAGUGGAAGGAUCAAUCAAUGGUAUCAGAACAAUGCUUAUUUUAGGAAAGGGGAGGUUGGAGACUGGAUCAAUUACUUGACUCUUCCAAUGGCAAAGCGUAUUAAUGAAAUCCAAGAAAAACUUAAGAAGGUUGGCUUUUCUUUUGCAAACUAUGAGACGGACUUAUAAUAAUUUAUAAUAUAAAGUUCUAAAUUAAACAAGGUUUUCUCAUUUUUAUAUUGUUCAAACUUCAU